UAUUGAAUCUUCCAAACAUAUCUCUCCUCUCUUCUCUUUCUCUAACUAGAUUUGUUUUUUUGUACAUAUUAGCCAUACGUCAACUAAUAAUCCCUCUCUAGAGGUGUUCAUUCGGGUCAGUUUGAAAUCGAGUUUUGUGUUCAUAUUGUUUUUUACAUAAUUGUAGUUCAUUUUUGAAGUCAGGUCAAAUCAGGUUCGAUUACAAGGUCGUUUUAUUUCACGUUAUUAGGUCUGUUUUGAACACCUCUAUCCCUCUCAUUCCUCCUCUUUCCGUAAACCACAACUGAAACUAAUGUAUUUAUUCAUAUAGACGACCCUUCCUCUCUUUAUCAUCUAGCACUACAAAAACACGUCUGGACACUGACCAUAUUUGUUCAUCCACCCACCAAGCUAGUAGGCGGCAGAGCAACCAUUAAUCAGUCCCACAUUAGUAUACAAAUGGACUGUCAAGAUGAAGUGAUCAACAAUACUAACAGUAUACAACAAUCAGUUGUAAAAGGUAAAAGAACCAAACGGCAAAGACCUCAAUCUCCCACCCCGUUUCGCAUGAUCACCACAGCUAACUCUAACAAAAGUGAUCAAAGCAGUGAUAUUUGCAGCAACAACUUAACCGCCUCUGAUGAUGAAGAUGAUACCAUCUACUAUGGCAGAAAUAAGCCCAAUUUCGACAGCGAUGAUAAUACUAAGGAAGAACAAGAUUUGGCUAAUUGCCUUAUCCUUUUAGCACAAGGUAAGUCACGAGAGUUACGUGCACCAAUUCUUCGCGAUUUUAGUACAAAAUUCAAGAGUAGGAAAUUUAUUGAAGCGGGAGGAAAAUCUGGGUAUUAUGUGUAUGAAUGUAAAACGUGUGGAAAAAAUUUCUCGUCUUUUCAAGCACUAGGAGGUCAUCGAGCUAGCCACAAGAAGCCCAAAAAUAACAAACAUGAAGAUUACAACAAUAAUCAUGAUAACAAGAUCAACAUAUUACUUUCAAGCAGUAAGACAAGUAGAUCAAACUAUAGUAAGUAUAGUAGUUUGAUUCUUUCUUCCGAUGAAGAAGAACCUCCAUUUAAAUUAGAAUCGAAGAAUAACAAUUACAACAACAACAACGACAAUAUUAUAUGUUCGUCAACUUCAUUGUCACUUCAACUCACAAAUCGAGCAUUGUAUAGUGGUGUAACCAACCAUCAAAACAACAAAGGACGAGUUCAUGAGUGCACGUUAUGUGGGGCUGAGUUUUCGUCUGGCCAAGCUUUAGGAGGUCAUAUGAGGCGUCAUCGAGGAUCCAACACCACAGUUGCUUCGUCCAAUUCGACAUUGCCAGAAAUGUCAGAAGAUAUGAUCAAGAUUCCACAAUCAACAAAUACAAGUGCAUUAUCAUUUGAUUUGGAUCUUAAUCUUCCUGCACUACCAGAAGAUAAUGUGCGAGUGGAUCAUCAAAAGGAAUCCGAAUUUGUUUGAGACUAAGAUAUAUUCAAAUGAGCAUUUCAUCAACUUUGGCAUACUCAACGCCAUCAUCAGAUU